AUGGCGUUAUUUAGAAAGCAGGAUUUCUCACCUCCAAUUUUAUCAAAGAAAUGGAUAGCAAUUAAAUUUAGGCCAAACAUGCUCAUAUACAGUCAUAACAAUAUAAUAAUAAUACUAGAGAGUGGUUUGCUGUUCCGUGAGGAUAGUAUUGAAGUGGAGCAAGAAGCCCCCUGUCCAGAAGUAGCCUGGGGCCACGCUGGGGGAGCGGCGGGUGGUUGGCUAACAAAAGGGGAGCGGAAUGGUGCCUUGAUAGCUAUUGCUGCAUGUGUAAUGCUGGCACCACCAAGAAAUUUCAACAAAAUGACCCUCGCGAGGUUGGCGUCCCUCGCGCUAAUUCCGGUCGCUAUUCGUGCGACGCAUCGGUCGCAUUGUCGCGGUGCCUUGCGACAAUUGGUCACAGUGAUGCGCGACUACAUGUCGCUGGUGCGUCGCGCGACGGCUUGUUGCCGGGAGUAUGCCGCGUUACAUGCUCAGUUGGGUUCUGUCGCCUCAGCAAUAGAAUCAACCCACGCGAUGCUCUACCAGCAGCAAAGGGAGCUUCUGUUGCUAAUGUCACGCGCAUCGUCCGCGUUGCUAGGCAACGUGCCAUGGUUGCGCGGCGAUGUCGCCGUGGAGUGCGAUACAGACAAUUUAAUGAAACUCCACCACGCCUUUCUAGUCGUGCAAUCCACUCUACUAAAAUAUAUUGCACUGGCGCAUCAUAUCCCGUCACAAGCACUAAAACUAUACAAAAACCAUAAUGAAAGAAUAUACUGGAUUCACAAUGUUCUUAUAGACAAUUUAACGCGAGAAUUCAAAGACAAUUUUGAAUCACUAGAGCGCAUGUAUCGUCUGUUAAAAAACUACGGUACCAAAGACAAUGUGUUAAAAAAGCCAGGUUCAGCGAUCAAAGAAACUUGGUUCUAUUCAGAAAUACAUACAGGUGUGGCAAGAACUAGCUUAGAACUAAAAUUAGCUCUCAAUAAAUGUAAUGACCUAGAUAUGUUCCUAGACUCGUGCGCAUCUAACCAACAAGAUCUAGAUUUAGAUGCUUUGAACAAAGAUAUCGACAGUAUUAUAGAUGAUGUAACAAAGUGUUUAAAAACAGUUCAAAGUUCACAGAUUAGAUUAAAAAAGCUGCAAAAUAAAUUCCAAGAAGAACAUACAGUGGAGGAGGACGAAGUACAUGUAGAAGAGGCCAUUUUGAAAAUAGAAGACAAAGAACCAGAGAUAAGAGAUGAAGUAUUCUACUUUGUCAGAACAGAUGACGAUGACGCGCUACCGUCAGUCGCUGAUGUUGUAACUGGUCCAGGAAAGAAAGAGAAAGAAACCACGAAAAUACUUCUAAAUGAAUUAAGAAGAAAACUAGUAGGAAGAGAAGAUUUAAUGCGAGAAAGAGAAAGACAGGCUCUAGCUAAAACAAUGCCACAGCUUCAUGAUGUACCAGAAUUUCCAAGACAGAUUGAUAUAUUACAAUUCGUUGAUCGCAAAGGUUUUUUAUCCAAAAUAAAGCGAGUGGAACGAAAAAAAUUAAAACUAAAAAGAACAAAAAAUAAAAAACGAAAACAAAAAUAUCGAUUAAAAAUCUCCCGAUAUACAAAUGAAAGUGAAAUACCGAAAGUUUAUGAAGCGAACGCGAAACUUAAUAUCAAAAGCAGAUUGCUAACAAUCGAUAAAGACAAAAAAGGUUUCAUAAUAACGAAAUGGGUUAAAAAAGAAAUCAAAGAUGACAAUUCUAGUGUUCUGUCUGACUUAAGUGACGUAGAAUCGGAAACAGGAAAUGCAAAUGUCAUUCUACGUAAUUAUAAAGUCAACAAACAAGAUUUAAACAUAUCGUCGUCUGACAGUGAUUUUGAUUUAGACAAUAAUGAACUACUAAAUGACAUAAGGAGAUAUAGAGCUGUCAGAAAAAAGAACUUUCCCGCGAAAAGGGCGUCCAUAGAUAUGGACGAGAGUAUGAAACCCAUAGAGUACAGGUUCGGGACGGGAAUGGCAAUGGCGUCCGUUCUACAGAAAAAUAAUGCCAGAGUUGUGAUGGCGGAAGAAGUUUUUGUUGGAAAUGGCGAAGUUUCAGAAGAUAGUGGUCAUGAUGACGAUGCGUGA